GCCCUUUCCUGGUAAUGUUUUGUUGAGUGCGUGGUGUGUGCAUGAGGGAGUGAGAGAGAGAGAAAACGUGGUCACGGAGAAGCCUAGCAUUUUAGCUAGCGUGCGAGUGUGUGAAUGAAGCGUUAUACAAUAUCAAAUAUUUAGUAUUAUUUAUUUUUGUAUGUAGUCAAGUUUGCCAGAAACUGAGAAGGUGCAGAGACACGAUUUAAUAAAGGCAGCUUUCUGAGUUUGUGGCCAGCAUAGUGUCAAAAUGUCCAUGGGCAGCCAGAAGACCACCAGCAAGGCGAUUCCGACCACCAGACGAGUCACAAUCAACGAUGCGGCCCAUAUGCCUCAUGAUUAUUCUACAACGCCCGGAGGGACCCUCUUUAGCACGACUCCUGGAGGCACCAGGAUCGUCUAUGACCGAAAGUUCCUCCUGGACUGUCGCAGCUCCCCGUUGGCCCGUACUCCCCCCUGCUGUCUCCCUAACAUUCCAGGGGUGACCAUUCCCCCCUCGGUCCCCAUGAAUAAUGACAAGGGCUUCCCCAAACUGACUGUCAAUAACAAUAACAGCUCCCCUGCUGACAAGAGCGCAGGAGAGGAUGCCCAGUUUGAAAUGGAUAUCUAACUACAAAAGAGGACCUGCUACAGGAAGGUGACGACUGUAACGAAGAUUACUGUGAGGAUAACUGGUCCUUGAGGAUAAAUGCACAAAAGAGUUUUCCUUCCAUGUCAUCUUUUUUCAUUAUGUACUGUUCUAAUGGCAUUUUCUUUUUCUGUAUUGAUGCUGUCGCUCUAGACGCACAAGCCAUUACUUUUGAUUCUCAACAUCAGCUUACACUGUUGUGCCUGAAUAAGACACUGUCUGGGAUGUCAGAUCAGUGCAUCCCAAGCACAUUGAUGCAGGCAAAUCCUGCCCAGCUCUACUUCUGCCUAAAACAUGGUGGGCAUCUUAAUAACCCCCCCAUGUUACAUUGUUUGAUACAGAUUGUUUGUGUAGUUUUGCAUAAUGACCAGAAGGGGGAGCAACAGUACUGCUUGGGUGUUUUCAUUACAGUUCGUAUGGAGAAAAUCCAGGAGAAAACGCAUAACAUAUGGGAAUAAAGUUGACCACUUUCCAUUUGGCAUUAUGUAACGAAAAAGUUUAAAGAUUUCUGUUUGCCAUGAAGAAUCAUUUUCACCUAAAGUGUCAUUCUACAGAAUGUAAAUGCCUUUGUUGCUGUGAAGUUCUCUGAACUGCCCUGUAAUUCCUGAAGAGACAUUGUAAGCAUUGGAAAAAUCAAUAAACACCAGAUAAUUAAUAUAAUGUCCUUA